AUGACCAGCUCUACACCUACAUUCCGAAGUCGAAGUUCCUCUCUAUCAUCCAUAAAAUCAUUUGCUAGUACCGCUCUAUCAUACCUCAUACCAUCUCGACGAAGUGACACUCAACCCAGAAGCAAGCUUGAGCUAUACCCAGUCGAUACCUCAUUCUCACCCAGAUUAGAACGAUCGAACAAAAUACCAUCAACUGCAGUAUCGUCACAGUCGAUGAUUCCAAAUUUCAGCAGACAUCUAAAAAGGCAUGAUUCAGCUUAUGCACCUAGUACUACUUCAAAUACUGCCACUGCCACUUCAACAUCAAACAACAGCACUCCUACCGAUGUUAUGUACGAGAGUGAAGUAAAGAGUGCAGGAUCAAGUUCGACAUCAUCUUCCACUCGCCCCUCGCUAUCGCUGAAUGCUUUGAGCUCCAAUGGGAGUGUAGAUGAUCUGCAUGAUAGGGGUAGAGUGACCACGCCUCAUUAUUAUUCCAGAUGGCGGACGGGAGAGAAAGAUGAUCAAGAAGAAUGGCGACAUACACCUACUCCACGUGCUUCAUCCGAUAGAUGGGCCGAUGAUGAUUAUGAAGAAUAUUAUGACUAUCGAGAAGAGGAAACCAACGAUUCACCUUCGAGUGCUUUCAUAGGAAAUUCAGGAAGAGAAAGGAGUAAUUCGAGUUUUAGUCUUUUUUCCCGGCAUUCAGACGAUUCAACGUCAUCGAAUGGCAGACCAAGAAGAUCGUUAAAUCGAAGGAGUUUAGAGGCUCUACGCUCGUUGAACUCCCAUGUACACCGUAAAACACCAAAGGUAAGACAGCUCCCUGAAAGAAAUAAAUCGUGGCUUGGUGAAGAUGAUGCCUUGCCUGAACCACUGAGGAUAUAUCCUCCUCAAGCAUCUUCAAGUGACCAGGAAGACAGCAGCAGUGAAUCCUAUGAUGAGGAUCCUUUAUCUUCGGAAAGGCUCGAUUCGACUCGAGACCUAAGUCAAAAUUCAAAUGAUGAAUCUGUAAAGAGCGGUAGCUCCAAUGACAAUGAAGGUACUCAUACACGGCAUAAAUGGCGAGAUAGGUUGAAACGGACAUUCUCGAGAUCCUCUUCAAAAAGCGAUAUGUCCUCAGCAGGGAAUGGACGUAAAAGAUCGAUGAUAGGUUCCAUCAUGGAUAUAUUGAGUGGGAAUACUUCGAGGAUCAGUAUAUCAAAUGUCGCAAAUGAUAGGUUGAAGUCCGAGCCAGAUGAUGUGGACGGGUCGUCAGUGGGGAUCAGACCUUUGUCCAGGACAAGUAGUGGGAUAUCGACAGCUACGACGAGGUUGAAAAGAAUACAAGGUGAUUUUAUGGAACUUUUCAGUGGAUUCACUAAGUCUUCACGUGGAACAGAACAUAGUAAGCUAAGGGAGAAAGGCAAUGGAACGCCAUAUUCGGACCUAGAUUUCGAUGGCUCAACUGAAAGCUACAAGUCUGCGAUCAUCACCAACACAGAGAUCCGAGCUCAGGCAUAG